AUGAACAAUAUUCGAAAUGAAGUGGAUGGAUAUCAAUCCCUAAUAUCAGCAACAAUUGAUUCUGAUUCAACAUCAACUGAUAGUGGUGAAUAUAUUGAUAUAAAAGCAUUUAAUAAUCCUUCGAAUUCACGUGCUCGAUUAUUUCUUACAUUAACAACAGCUGGUGCUCUUGAAGAAUAUGAAACUUUAAAAAGUUCAUCUAUUGAACGUCAAUCAUCUUCUCAACGUCUUCCACCACAACAAUCAAAUUCUCUUGUUGCAAAUAAUGCAGGUGAUUAUUAA